AAGGAAGGAUUCCUGAUGAAGCAAACGCGCAGCUUUCAGCGUUGGCAACGACGGUACUUCAAGCUGCGCGGACGUACACUUUAUUAUGCUAAGGAACAAGACAGCCAAUUGUGGGAUGAAUUUGAACUAGAAGACGCUACUUUCGCUGAAUGCCGCAUAAACAACGCUAAUAAUAGUUUUACAGUAAUAACAUCAAGUAGGAGCCUCGUUCUGUGCGCUGAUAGUCGCGGUGAAAUGGAGUCGUGGGCUGGAGCCCUGCGGGGUGCUUUGCACCGCGGCGGGGACGUCGACGAUCUCAUGGCCAGGCUAUCAUGUGGAGAUCAUCAAUGGUACUCUGCAACACAUGCCCGGCCAACAUUUUGCAACGUGUGCCGCGAGCCGUUUGGCGCGCUGGGCACAGCGCACGCGUUAGCCUGCGAGCUGUGCAAAUUCAGGGCCCAUAAGCGAUGCGCCGCACGCGCUCCUCCUUCGUGCAAGUGGAGUACGCUCGCUUCCCUCGGUCCGCACCUAGUCGAAGACGCUGAAGGAAAUAUAAUCAUGCCUCAUCAAUGGUUAGAAGGCAACCUACCGGUAGCUGCUAAAUGUGAUAUAUGUGAUAAGACUUGUGGUUCAGUACUAAGGUUGCAAGACUUCAGAUGUGUAUGGUGCCGCAAAAGUGUUCACGCCGCAUGCAAGCCAAGCUGGCGCGCGGCGUGCUCUCUGGGUGCCGCUCGAGCUUCCGUCGUGCCGCCCACCCGCCUUCAUUCGAUUGGUCCAGACGAUGCCUGGAUGCCAGAUAGACCUACUAACGCGUCGCCUCUAAUUGUUUUUGUGAAUUCUCGAUCAGGGGACAACCAAGGAGUAAAAUUUCUCCGUCGUUUCAAACAACUGCUGAACCCGGCGCAAGUGUUUGAGCUGAGCGGCGCCGGUCCGAGACUAGGCCUGCGACUGUUCCGACACUUUGCACCGUUGAGGGUCUUAGUGUGCUCGGGUGAUGGCUCCGUCGGCUGGGUGCUUCAGGAGAUAGACAAACUUGAUAUGCAUCGUCAAGUUCAGACCGCCGUGCUGCCCCUGGGCACCGGGAAUGACCUAGCACGCGUGUUGGGCUGGGGCGCGUCCUGCGACGACGCCGCUAACCUUCAGCAGCUGCUGGAGCGCUACGAACGUGCCUCAACCAAAAUGCUCGACAGGUGGUCGAUAAUGACGUUCGAACGCGCUGUAUCUGCACCACCGCCGCCUCCCCCUGAACCUCCGGACAUCGUGGCGGAGAGUUCGUUGCUGAGUAACCUCCAUGAGAUAAUGCAGGCAGGAGACCUGAAUGGGUCUGCCAGUUCUGCGUUGCGGUCGGGCUGUGCGCAGCUGGCAUCGGCCGGCGAGCGAGCCGGCGGCGCGGCUGCGCGCGCUGCGCACCGUCUACGCCGCGCCGUGUCGCUGCUGCUACACGCCCGGGCACAUCUUGCGCACGAUCAUGCACGUUGCCGGUUUUGGGAACCUGGAGACACUACUAGCGACAGCGAAAGCGAGGCAGCUACUCCAGUCGCUGAGAAAGGUAGCAUCGAAAAAACGGAAAAGGAGCAGCUUAAUUGGGAGGCGCGUGGUUGCACGCUAGCGGGCCGUGCCGACAGUGUGCGGCGCGCCCUACGUUCCUUAAUGCACACGCUGACGCAGCUCUACCCUCAGGGUGUAGCGUUAUGCGAAGCGUGCGGCAGCGAUAGGGAGGGCGAGACGGCCGAUAUGGAGGCAUCGGCAUUACCUGUCCCACGAGCCUUCGCCGACAGUCGUCGUUCAUCGGCUACUUCCGCUGUCUCAGCCGCUUCUUUACAUCCUGAUAACAUUCCAGACGUAGACGAGGACAUAGUUAAACUAAUUAGUCCAAUGAUCAACUUUGAUUUGGAUAACAAGGUAGAUCAAAAUAGCAUUACGAUAAGUCAGACUUGCCUAUCAGUCUCAAAUCUACUGACACUUAAUGCUGGCUCGUGCAAAAAUCUGCAUAAAUUAGAACCGGAUAUGGAUCAGGAAUCCAGUAUUAAUAGUAAUUUGAUGAUACCGAAUUUGGUAGUCUCAGAUGUUAGCGAUAAGAAAGAAUCGAUAUUACAGGGAGAAACUUAUGAAUCGGACCAAUUGACUAUUAUAGAUAUAGACAAACCAUAUACUGACGAUGUUCACUUUCAAGAACUAAUACAAAGUGUGAUGGCAGGUAGUGGAGAAUGUACUCCAGAUAGAAGGCCUUCUAGUGUAGAUUUGGAAUUAUAUGAUGACGAAGAUGACGAUGAUGAUGACACAAGUUCAGAAGGUUCCAAUAUGAGUGAUGAUUUUAGUUUGAUUUCUGAAAUCAUGGAAACUAAACCCAGUGAUCUCAAUGAAAUUGGAAGUUUAGGUGGAAUUGGGCAUAUUGACUCUCCUGAAGCUUCUGAUACGACAUAUGUAAACUCUGAAACUCUACACGGUGAAUCAAUUGUGGAUGACAUAAGCUCUAUGCUAGGACAAGAUGUUCUACUGGCCAUGUUGGGGAAAAAUGGUGAAAAUGAAACUUAUACCGAUGACACUACAUUGUUCACUUCCGACACCGUAUCAGAUCUAGGCAUGGACAGCAGAAACCCAAGUUUGGAAAAAAAUAAAGAGACUAAGUUAAAAUUUAAUGCCAAAGCAAAUUUUUCUAAAGAAAACGACAUCGAUAAAUUUGGAUUUGAAAACAAAGUCUUUUAUAUCGAAAACGCAGGUAAACCGGACGAUCAAAAAAAAUACUGCAGCCUGGCGCAUUUUGAAGAAGGAAAUGAUAUAGCUCGGAAAUCUUUUAAAAGACAUCAUAAAAAUAACAGUCUUAGAAAAGCGUGCCGGAGUAAUAACGGAAGUAUGAAGUUAUUAAUACCUAGAACCGCCGAUGUACCGAAACAAUUAAACGAAUCAUUGAAAGUUGAAGAACAAUCUCAAAAUAACAUUUCGAAUUCUAUUGUUUUUGACAAUACAGACAAAAUACAUACCUCAUUUACUCACGUAGAUAAUGUGUCUACAUUUCCUAAAGUAAGUGUUGUCGUGGAACCUCCUUCUCCAUGCCAUAGUGAGGAUAAAAAGAGUCUGAAAGCAUGCGCAAGCCGAAUGGCGUCUGUUUUAAGUGACAUAUUUGAGCAAGGCAACGAUACCCUCGGCGCCAAUUCGCCGGAACCUGGCUUAGAUUUAAACAGAGAAAGGAGGCAGUCAGAUAAUCCUAAGUUGCUGACUUCAGAUCCGGAAUAUGGAAAGUUUCUGAGUUGUUCUCCAGCCGCAACUAGAAGAAUUUCCUGUGGAAGCCUAUUUAAACCUGGCGAACCAGACAACAGACUGUCUACUUCAGUGUCGUCCAUUUGGGGUGAAGCAGGUGCGACUGGGGGAGCUAGCGGAUCUUCUAGAUCAGAGACAAGCGAGCGUGCCAAGAAGCUUCCUAUUAUUAAUCCGCUGGUCCAGUGUCCGGCCUGGCCUCACGUCACACAAGGUUUUAUAAGCCAAUGUCUCUUGGCAAAUGCUGAUGCGCUGUGUGCAGCCGUAAGUCCUUUAAUGGAUCCAGACGAAACAUUGCUGGAAGGUUUCUACGAAAAAGCAGUUAUGAAUAACUAUUUUGGUAUUGGAAUCGAUGCUAAAAUAACAUUGGAUUUCCAUAACAAACGCGAAGAACACCCUGAAAAAUGCCGUUCACGUGCAAGAAAUUACAUAUGGUACGGCGUACUGGGAUCUAAAGAGUGGGUUAACAAGACUUACAGGCACCUUGGACAACGAGUACAGCUAGAAUGCGAUGGACAACGUAUACCGCUGCCAGAACUACAGGGAAUCGUCGUACUUAACAUAUCAUCCUUCAUGGGUGGAACGAAUUUCUGGGGAGGAACAAGGGGCGAUGAUAUUUUUUUAGCCCCAUCUUUCGACGACCGGAUCCUGGAGGUGGUGGCAGUAUUCGGUUCAGCGCAAAUGGCCGCGUCGCGUCUCAUCAAUCUGCAGAAGCAUCGCAUUGCCCAGUGCCGCGCAGUGCAAAUCAAUAUUCUUGGUGAAGAGUGCGUGCCCGUACAAGUGGACGGCGAGGCCUGGCUGCAGCCGCCGGGCUGCGUGCGCAUCAUCCACAAAAAUAGGGCCCAAAUGAUGUGCCGCUCACGCGCGCUCGAGACGAGCCUUCGAGCUUGGGACGAGAAGCAACAAAUGAAGGCUCACGCAGCGUCAGGCGCAAUGAGUUCGGCGGCGGCGGCGCAGUCGGCGCGCGCGCCCCUGUCCGCUGCCGAGAACGCCGCGCUUUUGGCGCUGCUGGACGACGUCAACACACUCGUCAAACACGUAAAGCUGUCUUGCAUCAGCGAGGGGGCCGUGUCCGGAAGCGCCGCGGCGAGCGUGGCCCAGGCGCGUCGUGUCGCCGCCCGCGCCGACGCUCUGCAAGACUCUGAGGGUCGCCUCCUACCCCCGCCUUUGCUUCGACGCUUACUUGCUGCCUUGGUGGAGAGUUGUCACGAGCUGGCCGAAGACACCGUGGCAGGGGGCGCCGGCGCAGCGCUGCGAGCGCACCUUGCUCGCUGCGAUAUUCACGACGGACACGCAUUCCUGCAAGUAGACGAGGCACCUAAGAAGGGCAGUGGCCGGAAUUGGUUACGAGGACGUCGCAGUGUAUCAGAAGGAGGGUUUACAGUGUCCCACGGUGGCACCCAAGUUCGUUGUUGGGGCAUCAAGGAAGUGCAGACGUGGCUGGAGUCUCUGCAACUGGGAGAGUAUUGCGAAGUAUUCGCCAAGCAUGAUGUUACGGGUCGAGAACUAUUCUCUUUAGCGAGGAGAGAUUUGCGUGAUCUCGGUAUUAUAAAAGUUGGCCAUGUCAAGAGAAUUCUGCAGGCCGUGAAAGAACUCCAGUGACAUCCGCGCGGCCGCUCCGAAGAGCGUAGCAAGCCGAGCUUCAGUGAUAUACUCCGUUAAACAUGAGCACGAAUCAAGAGAUUAUACCUACCUUUAUGGUUGUUACUCAUUAUAGGUCAUUUAAAAAUAUCAUAAUAU